CUUCCAAAGAUGCAGCCAAUUCUUCUCCUGCUGGCCUUCCUUCUACCCUCCAGAGCUGAGGCAGAGGAGAUCAUUGGAGGCCAAGAGGCCAGGCCUCAUUCCCGCCCCUAUAUGGCGUAUCUUCAGAUCCAGACUCCAGCAGGUGUGAGCGCCUGUGGGGGCUUCCUGGUGCGAGAAGACUUUGUGCUGACGGCAGCUCACUGCUGGGGCAGUGUUAUAAAUGUCAUCCUGGGUGCCCACAAUAUCCAGAGGGCAGAAGAUACCCAGGAACGCAGGACUGUGCUCAGAGCCAUCCGCCACCCUCAAUAUGAUCAGCAAAACAACCUGAAUGACAUCAUGUUACUGCAGCUGGAGAGCAGAGCCAGACUGAAUCAGGUUGUGAGGUCAGUGACUCUGCCUCAGACCCAGAAGACGCCGAGGCCUGGGGCGCUGUGCACAGCCGCUGGCUGGGGCCUGGUCAGCCUGAACGGGAGAACCAGCAUACUCCAGGAGGUGCAGCUGAGAGUGCAGAGGGACCAGAAGUGCAGCAAUCGCUUCCGUUUCUACACUGGCCAAACGCAGAUUUGUGUGGGGAACCCAAGGGAGAGGAAGUCUGUCUUCAGGGGGGACUCUGGAGGCCCCCUGGUGUGUGACGAUGUGGCCGAGGGAAUCGUCUCCUAUGGAAGUAGCGACGGGACCCCUCCAGCAGUCUUCACCAGGGUCUCUAGCUACAACUCCUGGAUAAGGAGAACAAUGAGACGAUUCAAACAGCACGAUCAGACCAAGACUCCUUUGUGACUGACUUUUCUUCUCUGGAACCCAGGCCUGCUCCAAGGGAUUG